AUGUACGCCACCUUCUUGAAGGCACAGGAGCGGAGCCCGUCGCUCGUGCUGGCGCACGCCGGCAUCGGAGACGCGGGUGCUCACGAGAUCGCUCGGCACCUUGCCGACAGCCAGUGCCUGGUUCACCUGGACCUCAGCGGCUGCGGCAUCGGCCCCACUGGCGCGGGGCACCUCGCAAAGGCCCUCAAGAUCAACCGCACGCUCGAGAGCCUGGUGCUCCAGCACAACCGCAUCGGCGAGGGCGGCGAGGAGGGCCUCGCUGAGCUGUGCCGCGCCCUGCGCGGCCGCACGGCGCUGAAGCACCUCGACCUGCGGCACAAUGGGCUUUGCGGGAUCAUGGCUGGUUCUGUUAUCGGUGAGCUACUUAGACACAACGAGAGCCUCACGCACCUCGAGCUGUCGUGGAACGCGCUGGAGCCUGGAGGUGGUCACUCGAUCUGGACAGCCUUGCAGAUGAACACCACGCUGUUCGACUGCCAGCUCACCAGCUGCCAGAUAGCAGAGGAGACGCUCGUUGGCAUAGCGGAGCUCCUCUACCGGAACCGAAGGGCCAAGGGCGCCAACAUGCAGGCGGGCCCUUACAAGGCGCUGCCAAUCCCCGACACGCUGCGACGCGGCAGAGGUACCGACACCGGCCACCCCUGCACCGGCGACAGCGCCGCAGCCAGAGCCGUGGCGGUGACCCCAGAGAGGACGGCAGAGCUCUUGGAGCGGCUGGCGGCGUGGAGGAUUGCCAAGCGCGAUCAAGGGCAGCUGGCGGAGACCGCGCGGGUGCAGGAGCUGAUGGGCCACCUGGACCAGGGCCAGCGCGAGCUCCAGGAGGCCCGGCGCGCCACCGAGGAGGUGAAGGAGCACACCAGGCUGCUGGCCGAGGGCUUCCAGGCCCGCGAGCUGAGGUACCGCGGGGAGAGGUCCGCGGCGCAGGACAAACUCGUCGAUUAUGAAAACGAGAUGUUGUCGCUCCGGGCGGUGCACCGGCGGCUCGCGGACCAGCUCGGGCUUCAGAAGGACCGCGGCGAGCAGGCCGGGCCCGCCGCGCUGGCUGCGGGCGACCUUCGCGACGGGCCGCCGGCUUGCGGCGGGCGCGGCGGGCAGCGCCGCCCGCCGAGCGCGGGCGUUCGCCGCAGCACCCUGCGCUUCGAGGGGUCGUUGGGCGGGCGGGGAGCGGUGUCGCGAGGGCGGCGCGGGCCGCCGCGUGCGGCGCCGGCCGCGAGAGCGCGGUAG